UUCAUAGCCCCUUCUCGCUCCUUUCAAAGUGUGAAACUAUCAAUUGGGCCGGGAAAGAGCUGAGAACAAGAGGGUCUUACACAGGAUAGACGAGUUUAUCGAUGUCCUUCUUCAACCAACUACGCGAGAAGGCAUCCCAGCUUUCCUUAUUCGAUAAGGCAGAGGCGGACAGGAAGCCUACGAGAGAUGAGCUGUUCCGAGACGAGUUCAAACUGCCGGAAUGCGAGACCAUUGUUGAUGAGAGUAAUGCCGAGCUGUUGAUAGUUGCGGUGAAGAGUGACGGCACAAGUGCCAGAGACCAAAGCCAUGACGAAGGUCCCGUAGUGUACCCGGGGAAGCUUUACCUGACACAACACUUUCUAGUGUUCAAGGAUUCCAUUGACAAAAGAAGCUGCUCAUUGACACUCAACCUAUCUACUGUAAAGAAGGUCGAGCGUAUCCCUUCAAAGGCUUUCAUAUUUGCGUUGUCUAUCUUGACAAGCUCUGGUACCAAAGUGUUGAUCCAGUUCAUCGGAAUUAGAUCAAAGUCAGAGGAGUUCUCUCAAAAGCUCAAGUCUCAGCUGAAGCAUAACAUCCCCAAUACGAAGAAGCUUGAACCGUUUCUACGCACUUUAUAUUCCGAGUUCAUUAUCAGGAAGAACGAGCCUGGCGUUGACAAGAGCAGUGUGAAGGCCCCGGAAGGUGGAUUGGGCCUGCUAUUCAAGUUCCCUGGUGACCCGAAGAAGUUGAAAGACAAGUCAAAGUUGAGGCUUUGGUACGACUAUUUCAGAUGUAAUGGAAGAAAUCUAACACUUUCAAAGCAAAAGAUGUUCCAAAAGCUCAUUCGUGUUGGAUUACCGAACAGACUAAGGGGUGAAAUGUGGGAAUUGACCUCUGGUGCAAUGUACUUGAGAUUCCAAGAGCUGGGCACAUACCAGAGGAUAUUGGAUAGCCACAGAGAUCAGAGGUCUGUGGCAAUUGAAGAAAUUGAAAAGGACCUGUACCGUUCGUUACCUGAAUACUCGGCUUAUCAGUCAGAAGAUGGUAUCAACAGAUUACGUCGCGUAUUGACAGCGUACUCAUGGAAGAACCCUGAUCUAGGGUAUUGUCAGGCAAUGAACAUCGUUGCUGCUGCGUUACUCAUAUUCCAAACAGAGGAACAGGCAUUCUGGACUCUCUCAAUUUUGUGUGAAAAGUAUGUCCCUGGUUAUUACUCAACAACCAUGUAUGGUACUCUCCUGGAUCAAAAGGUGUUUGAAGCACUUGUUGAGAAAACGAUGCCGAUUCUCUGGACACACAUCUCGAAGAACGAUAUUCAACUCUCAGUGGUUUCACUGCCGUGGUUCCUGUCCUUAUUUCUGAGUUCAAUGCCAUUGGUGUUUGCGUUUAGAAUCAUUGAUAUCUUCUUCCUUCAUGGACCAAAGACUCUUUUCCAAGUGGCACUGGCAAUUUUGAGAAUUAACGGAGAGGAGCUCUUGGAAAUAGACGACGAUGGAAUGUUUAUUUCUGUGAUUAAAGAGUACUUUUCUCAAUUGGAUGAUUCUGCUCAUCCAAAUUCACCAGAUCCGAAGUUUAGACAACUCACAAAGUUUCAAGAGCUGCUUAUUGUUGCCUUCAAGGAGUUCUCCGUUGUUACGGAUGACAUGAUUUCCAAAGAGCGUAAUAAACACAAACCAGCCAUAAUGAAGAACAUUGAAAACUUCAUGAAGAGAACCCAGUUGCGUAACUUACCGAGAACCCACCACUUAACACAGGACCACUUGUCGAAUAUUUAUGACCGUUUCUACGAAUCGAUCCAAUCUAAGAAAAUGAGUCUUGGAACAGGCAAAUCUUCAAUGGACUUUGAAACUAUGAGACAGUUUCUGUCGGGGUUCUGUGACUGGAUACUCCCUGAUGACGAAUUCAAGUACCAUGAUGGUGAUUUCUUACAUCGUCUCUUUAGAGCUUGGGAUAAGUCUGGUCAGAACGAACUCAGCCUUACCGACGUUGUUGUUGGAUUGGAUAAAUUGGUUAACCGUAAUCUGAUGGAGUCCAUUUCAAACUUUUUCGGAAUAUAUGACCCAGAAGGCACCGGUGAGAUUGACAGAGAGGGCAUUCUACAAGUUUCUGAAGGGUUACUAUAUAUCACAAAACCCCUUCAAGAUGGUAAGAUUUUAGACCAGAUAACCACCAAUUCUAUUGAGUCCUAUGUUGCAGACAAGGUACUGGAGCUACAGACAUCUCCAGACGACAUUGUACUCCCAUCUGAGGUGAACAUUGAUAAGGAGAAAUUCCAACGUGAGCAAGGUGAACGUUACCUGUCAGCAGCAUCCAAUUUCAUCCAGCGUGCGUUUGAAUAUGCGCAACCGGUUGAAGAGCCAAUGUUGAUCGAUCUUCCAUCUUCGAAAGAUACAGAGAAGUUGAAGGCAAACUUGGCUCUCGACCCUACCCACCCAUUAACCUUGAACGUUCCAACUUUCCGCAUGGUGAUUCUGGCUGAUGAAUCUUAUGAACUGUUGUUCUCUAAGACAUUGGCAGAUACCAUCCAUGUUGAUCGUUCAAUAACGGUCACAAACAAGAAUGGUGUUCUUCGUGAUAUGUUUGAUGGACUCAUCGCAGAUGGACGUCGUGUUGCAUCACAUGUCCGUCGUCGUAUGGAUUCCACUGCUACAACCAGUGCAACCUCUGUUACAUCUGGAUCCUCAAGGAGUAGAACAGCUGUUGUAUCAGCAGAUGAGGACGAUGACGAUUUCGAUCCGCACGCGGAUGAUGGCGAUCUGAUGGAUAACGUUGAAUUGAGUGCUCUUGGGGACGUUCCUAUUGGCGGACUUUCCGACAAGGAAGCGCAAAGAGGCGAAGAUUUAAAGGUUCUCCACGAGCAAAGUAAUUAUACAAAGGAUACAGACCAGCUCAUCGAAUUCGAGCAUUAAUGAUAAGCACACAUCACAAUUUAAGAUACAUUAUAUUAUGGUACGUAGUUGAUACCUUAGAA